GAAAGGCUUAGAGGCUCACUCAUCGUCAGAUGGUUUCAAACUUGAUUUUCUGACUCUCCUGACAAAGAUGGCCAGAGCUCUGAAUCUUCUUCUUAUGAGCUGUCUGCUACAAGGUGCCAUGUGUCAGGUUUUUGAGGUCAUUAUUCAAAAGUCAAUUGAGGCUCUGAGAGGAUCCUGUGUGACCAUCCCCUGCUCCUUUGGCAUAGAGAACAAGUAUGAAAAAGAUUUAGAUGACACAUGUAAAGCAAUAUGGAAACGUAAAAGUGAUAACAAAAUUGUAUUUGAUAGUGCUGAACAAACUAGAAAAAUUGGAGAACUCGUGGGAAACCUGAAAAAAAAAGAUUGCACCACAACCCUCAAUAACGUAGUUCCUGAUACCAGCAACACAUAUUACUUCAGACUGGAGUGUGACAAUAAACUCAAAUAUAAUUUUGACAAGGAUAACAAGGUGGUGAAUGUAUUGUUCAAAGCUGAUCCUCCCUCACCGACUCUGACUCCGUCCACACUGGAGGUGAAGGAGGGAACCUCAGUGAGUUUGAACUGCUCUGCUCCAGCUCCCUGUCUGUCUCAUCCUCCAACUCUCACAUGGACCCCCAACCUGGGUGACAGUCAGGAGACACUGCAGGAGAAUCAGGACAAAACUAAAGUCAAGAUCUCUGUUCUGACCUUCACUGUUUCUCACCUCCAUCAUGGAACGACCGUCUCCUGUAAUGCCACCUACAACAAACAAGAUGGCAGCACUGAGUUGGCCAUUGGAAGAAGUUUAGCACUUAAUGUUUCAUUUGCUCCACAGAUCCUGUCCACCUCUGAUUGCACCAAAACCAAAGCCCAGCUCAACUGUUCCUGUGAGACUGUGGGAAACCCUCCUCCCAUUUUACAGUGGCAUUCGGAUGAGUUACCUCUUAAUCUUUAUGACAACGUUUCACUCAGCUAUGAGCACUUGAAUGUCACAAGUAUGAGGAGUUUCAUCGCUGUGAAUCAAUCACAGGAGAAGGAUUUUUACACCUUGCUCUGCCGCAGCUCCAACUCUCUGGGAUCUGUUACUCAGCGGUUUUAUCUCUACAGGCUUAGCGGUCAAAACUCGGGAGAAAGUCCAGAGUGCUCAAGUGAAAAGAUAUUAACAAUCUUCAUCACCACAGUUGGGGUUUUGACAGCAGCUCUAGUAUCUUCUCUACUCUUUGCUGUCUGGGCUCACAGGACUGGCUGCCAUAGCCCUACAAAGAAUCAGUGCACAGAUGACAAAAUCCCAACUGUGAUGAGUCAAGUGACAAGUCACGAAGGAAAUGAGGUGUCUAUCGCACCAGAUGAAGAUAUUUAUGCCAACACAUACAUGAUUAGAAAGACGAAUGAACCAAAUACUCAUCUAGGACAUCAACAAGUGGCCAAGAAAAACUCAGAAAUGAAGGAUGAGGAAGGGAGUGAUGUGGCUUAUGCCAGUGUGAUUUGGAAAAUCAAGAACAAAAAGGACGGAGAGCCAUCUGGUAGCUCCUAUAUGGAGGAGGAGAGGUACGCGACUGGAGGAGUGUGCAGAAAUUUUGUGAGCAACGCACGGGAGAAGGGGAGCAUCUAUGACAACAUUGUGACUGGAACACAAAAAGCAGGGAAGGCAGUGCAUACUGAAUAUGCCCAAGUUAACUUUUAAAGACACAAAUUUUAUGCACAAAUAGAACUUAUUCUAUUUAAUUUUUGUUGAAGCUGUUUCAUUUCUAUGAUAAGCUUUUGUUGGUGGUGGUGGUGGUGUUUGUGGUAAUGAUAAUACAAGACACAUUGUCAGUGUUUUGUGCCUUGUGUAUGUACAUAAAUGGGUCACUGUAAACUACUGCCUCAGGAAUUACCACACGUCUCUUACCAUCUCAUGAAAAUAACAGAUUCAAGGACCACAGAGUCUAUAAAUCAGAACGAACAGUGAAAUAAAGUAUCGGUGUUAAUGUUAUUGUGUUUCCCCUCUAUACGUGAUGAUAGCUAUUAAUGACAGUUUUACUUUCAGUUUAAGAUGUUCUCAUGGAUGUGCAUAGACAUUAUCAGUGUUUAUGACACCAUGACACUAAUUAUAAUGUUAUAGUGAUUUGAUGAAUGUGCUGUUUCUACGGCUUCAUAUAUUGUACUAUAAAGGUAUAGCUUGCUACAUUUGUUAAUUGUUAUUUGAAUGUUUCAGCCGUUAAUACAUUAACAUCAAGUGAAAGCCGACAUCCGAUUGAAUAAGUUGGCUGUGCAGUGUGUAAGGUAUCAAUAAACUCUGGAAUUAUUUUUAUUAAUCACCAAUUGAAGGUAUGUUUCACCUCCAUCAGACCAUCUCAUGUACUGCCACCUACAAUACACCAGAUGGUGCUAAAUCUAAUACCAGCACAAGUUUUUUUUUUUUUUUUUUUUUUACUUUGUUUCAAGGUCUAAUCUGUCACUGAGGAAAAUAAGACAGGAAACACCACCCUCCUUUUAAAUAUUGAAAUAUAGAAGGUGUUUUAAAGGUCAGUCUUUGUGAGUGUUAACAGCUGUUUUCUUACCAGUCUUGUAGAAAUAUUCAGCAUCAAACUUCUUUCCUUUAUACACUUCUUCAUCCUCUCAUGCUGGACUGAGAGCAGACUGGAUGCCUCCCACCACUGGAGACAGCAAACAGACAGUAAAGCAAUGAAGUUUGAUGUUGAACUUGAAAUAGUUUUCUUAGACUGGCAAUUAAACAGCUGUUAAUGUAAAGUGGUAGCACCACAUCCCAGUGAUAUUAUCAUCCUGUCAUUUCCUGUAACUAGUAUUUCUCAUUCUCACACUCACUGACACUUUUGUGUCGCAUGUUUAAAUAUAUUCCUGACUGCUUUGCUAAAAUGUAACCUCACAUCAGAGGAACUUGACGUCUCUACAGACCUCAUGACAAAGUAAGUCAUAAUUUCAA